CAAGGAAGCAGUGGUUGACUGUACUCUCUCUCACAGGAGAUAUACUAGUAAUACAGAUUUAUAUGGGAAAACGGGUUGCAUGGGAAGCGAGCGCGUCGUCGUUAUAUAGUCGUGGAAGAAAGAGAGCAGCCCCAACGGACAAGAGAAGGCCAUCGAGAUAUUGAGAGACCAUCCGCUCUUCUUCUCCGCGCCCAGGAUGCUCCGCCUUGUCUCCCGGAAAUUAAGCAGGAGAGUGGCCGUGGCCGGAACGAAGGAGAGUUCAUGGCGAAAACAGGUCAAGUUCUCGUCGGCGAGGCAGAGCGGCAGGUUGGAGGGGAAGGUGGCUCUGAUCACCGGAGGAGCAGGUGGGCUGGGCAAGGCCGCGGCACGUGAGUUCAUCGAAGAGGGCGCCACCGUCGUCCUCGCUGACGUCGACGCGUUACUGGGCGAGCAAGCCGCCCAACAGCUCGGCCCGCACGCCCAGUUCGUGGAGUGCGACGUGACCGUCGAGCAACAAGUGGCCGAAGCUGUCGACUUCGCCGUGGCCCGCCACGGCCGCCUGCACAUCAUGCACAACAGCGCCGGCAUCGCUGGCCCGCCGAUGGCCCCCGACGUCGCCCGCCUCGACCUGGCUGACUUCGACCACGUCAUGGGCGUCAACGUCCGCGGAACCCUGGCCGGAAUCAAGCACGCGGCCCGCGUCAUGGCCCCAACCGGCUCGGGCUCCAUCAUCUGUAUCUCAAGCGUCAGCGGGCUCAUGGGAGGGCUCGGCACGCACCCAUACACCAUCUCCAAGUUUGCGGUGACCGGGAUCGUGAAGUCGGUCGCCGGCGAACUGUGCCGCCGCGGGGUCCGAGUCAACUGCAUAUCGCCAUUCGUGAUCCCGACGCGGCUGGUGGUGGAUCAGUUGGCUCAGAUAUACGGCGACGUGGGAAGGCAAAAGAUAAUGGACAUAGUGGAUGGUUUGAGCGAGUUGAACGGAGCGAAGUGUGAGGAGAUCGACGUCGCCAAGGCAGCCGUUUACCUGGCGUCGGACGAUUCCAAGUACAUCGCAGGUCAUAACCUGGUGCUCGACGGGGGAUUCACAAGCUACAAGCAGCUAAAUCUGCCGACGCCCGACAGGCUCGAGCUAUAGUUGUCUUUGUUUCCUGCUCCUUUGGCGCAAAGUACAUGUCAGGAUAUAGUUUGCUGCAACCUGUGUUUUGCUUGUUUUCUGUGCAUCCUAACUACAGCGGACAGUUCAACUCUAGAAGAUCAUGCCGAGGCCGGAAGAGGAAGAGAGCAACCAUUUCCUCCAUGACUAACAUAAGCUUCAUCUACCUGGCUUGGAUAGGAACUGCGCAACCGGCGGUCUGCCUGCAUUGCCAUCAGUGGCAUCUGGAAUUAGUGCUUAUUGAUGACAGCCAUGUGAGAUGUUGGUCCUCGAAUCACAAUGUUUCUACCUUUGCCCACCAUGCUUCCAUCAAUAGAACUGGAUCACAUUACCAACA